UCUAAAAAGUACUGUUGCUAGCAUUAGACCACACGACCCAUGUUGGCUAUUUACUAAUCAGACAAGUAAGAAGACGUGUUGGUGUUUGUGACUAAUUGUUACAAAAUCACACAAUGAAUGCUGAAAACAAAUAGGAUGACCUAACGCAGUGAAAUCCUCUGCAACAACUUCCACAUGUUUAUUUCAUUCUCUUUUAUAUCUUCGUCUAAGCAACCAUAGUGGGCGAAUCAAUCACACAUGAAAGACUUGAACUUUCAAGUGAAAUGAACCAAACGAGGAUAGACAGAGUUUCACCAAUCUCCUUGACCAUGUCAGAGCUGACGACGUUCCUAGGCUCAGGUGGUUCUGUCUUUGAGAUCUUUGUCGGUUUGCUAGUAUUGUAUCUCAUCUACCAAAGAAUUAGAACAAGAGUCAAAGUCUACUUACUUGAUUUCACUUGUUAUCGCGCACCUGAAUCAAACCGCGUCCCAAUGUCAACCCUUAUCGAAACCAUUUACCUCGAUGACAAGCUCGAUCAAGACAGUAUUGACUUCCAAACCCGGAUUCUUGAGAGAUCCUGGUUAAGCAACCAAACCAGCAUUCCUCUUUCCCUGAUGGAGAUACCACUCAAGAAAUCUCUUCCCUCAGUCCAAAUCGAAACCAUGACCACUAUUUUCACCUCUGUUGAGGAUCUCCUGAAGAAAAACAAACUAAGCCCUCGAAGCAUAGACAUACUGAUAACCAACUGCAGUUUGCAUUCGCCUACACCGUCUCUAAGUGCAAUGGUGAUCAACAAAUUCCAUAUGAGAAGCAAUAUCAAGAGCUUUAACCUGUCCGGGAUGGGCUGUGCAGCUGGGAUUCUGUCAGUUGGUUUGGCUAAUGACUUGCUAAAGGUUCAUCGAGGCUCCUUGGCUCUUAUUAUUAGCACCGAAGCGCUGAAUACACAUUGGUAUAUUGGCAAAGACAGAUCUAUGCUUCUUACCAACUGUCUCUUUCGAAUGGGAGCAGCUGCAGUAUUGAUGUCUAGCAAUGAUCAUGACAGAGGAAAUGCAAAGUAUGAGCUCUUGCAUGUUGUUAGGACAAAUAAAGCAAAAGAUGAUCGAGCUUACCGAUGUAUCUAUCAAGACAUAGACUCUGAGGAAAAGCAAGGGGUAUCGAUAACCAAAGAUGUAAUCAGUGUUGCUGGAGAUAUGCUGAAGAUGAAUCUAACUUCACUGGGACCUUCGGUAUUACCUUACCUAGAGCAAUUCCAAUAUGUGAUACAAAACAUUCUUAGUAAGAAACUAAAGAUCUAUGAGUCGACUUCUUCUUAUACACCAAACUUCAAGACAGCGUUUGAGCAUUUCUGCAUUCAUACAGGAGGAAGAGCUGUUAUUCAAGCAAUGGAGAUGAACCUGAACUUAACAAAAGAAGACAUCGAGCCAUCAAAGAUGACUCUUCAUAGGUUCGGGAAUACUUCUUCGUCAUCCAUUUGGUACACUCUCUCUUACUUGGAAGCAAAGCGGAGAAUGAGAAAAGGCGAUAGGGUCUUGCAGAUUGCAUUUGGAAGUGGGUUCAAGUGUAACAGUGCGGUGUGGAGAUGCAUCCGAGACGUGGAGCCCAAUAUAGAAAACAAAUGGCUCGACUUUAUCGACUCAUAUCCCGUAGACGUACCUGACUCUACAAAUAUCAGACCAGGCUAGCACGAGCAAGUAAUAUAACCUUGAAGAUAAAACUCGAACGGGCUCUGAGUUAUUAGUUAAAUUCGUUCUCGUUGAACAGAAAGACCACUUUUCACAGGUUUUGAAAUUGUUGUUUGGUCUCAUUUUCACCCUCUAAGACCUAAUAGCUGAACAGUUGUCGAAUUAAUGUGGUCAGCAUAACACAAGUACUCUUUACGCGUUGUGGAAUCAUGCAAGACAUUGAAAUUUGUUAUGUUACUUUUCACAUGAUCCACAUUUAUAAUCUAGCUGUAAGAAUAACAUUUUUGUUUCUGAUAUAAUAUAUGGUCAAGAAUCGAGAAUCUUGAACCAAAAAGUUCUAACCGUGAAGCAAAAAAGAGCUACCAUGACUACUUAUUUCCAGUUUUCCACCAACGUCACCAAUAGAGAUAGAUAUGAGUGAAACAAUUCAAAGCCUUAUUGUCAUAUUAACAAGUAAGAGAAUUUUCUAUAGAGAAUUGUUGGACUGCCUUUUU